AUGAGUAACACUCUCCACUCCGUUUGUGUGCUAGUAUUAUGCAUCUCUCUCUCCCAAGUAGCAACACUAGAAGUAGGAUUCUAUUCCUACACAUGCCCCAACGCAGAAUCCAUUGUCCAAUCUGUGGUGAGAGAAGCCACUCUCACUAGUCCACGCACACCCGCUCUUCUUCUUCGUCUGCAUUUCCACGACUGUUUCGUCGAGGGCUGUGAUGGCUCAAUCCUUAUUGACAACGGAGCUGAUUUGGAGAGGUUUGUUGCCGGCCAUCUAGGCCUCGGUGGUUUUGGGGCGAUCGAGAAGGCGAAGUUGGAGAUCGAGAGCCAGUGUUCGGGCGUUGUUUCGUGCACCGCCAUUGUCUCCAUGGCCGCCACAGAUGCCAUUGCCUUGACUGGAGGUCCAGUUUACGAAGUUGAAACCGGAAGAAGAGACGGAAGGGUUUCAAACCUUAACCUGGCCAGUGAUAUGCCUGAUGUCGACGACUCAAUCGACACUCUGAUAUCAAAAUUUGUAGCCAAGGGUCUUUCACCUCAAGACCUUGUGUUACUUAGUGGUUAA